AUGCGUAUUUGGGGAUGCAAUGAUUCUGGGCCGGUUGUCAACUUGAAGAAAGAAUUCACUGCCCCCAAUAAGAGAUGGAAUCCCUUACAUGCCAUGUCUUCAUUUGGUCUCGAGGACCAACCUUUCCGCUCCUCUCACAAAGAGACGAUGAUUGCUAGUGCUUUUGACACUUGUCAUCACCUUAUUAUCUACAUGACGGCGCACAAUGUGAUUCCAAAGAAGAGUGGCCACGGGAAGGAGGUUAUUGCUCAAGACGUCCAUGAUGCGGUACUAAGCUUCUUUUGUGGGGCAGAACUGCCUCGUUUUGUCACUUCUACCUCGCUUGUGUUGAUUCCUAAGGUAUCGAAUCCUCAGGAUUUCUCUCAGUUUAGACCGAUUAGCCUGUACAAUUUUUUCAACAAGUUGUUAUCUAGAAUUUUGGCUGAUCGAUUGGCUGGCAUCUUGCCAAAGCAUAUCUCCCCCCAGCAGAUAGGUUUUGUUAAGGGCCGCAAUAUAACAAAGAAUUAUUUGCUUGCUCAGGAAGUGGUAUCGGGUAUUGGUAAAAAAGUUAGGGGUGGAAACUUCGUCCUGAAGCUAGACUGUCUAAAGCUUAUGACAGGGUAUCAUGGUUGCAUAUCAUUGGAGUCCUAUGAAACCGGGUUUCUUGGGAUUCUGACUUCCAUAUGGGUGCCCCCGGUAACUCAUUUGGCAUUCGCGGAUGAUGUUCUUAUAUUUGCGAAUGGGUCCGCCUCCUCCUUAAAGGACAUCAUGCAGGUGCUGGAAGGAUAUCAACAGUGUUCGAGUCAGCUGAUAAAUGUUCAAAAAAGUGGGUGUAAGUCGUCGUACUUUGGGGAGGUGUGUCAGGCAAUUCUGCAGCGGAUUUUGUCGUGGAAAUCAAAGCUAUUGUCUUCAGGAGGUAAGAUAGUUCUAAUCAAGCAUGUGUUGUCAGCGAUACCAGUCCAUUUACUAUCGGCUGCUGUGCUUCCUCGCUCAGUGUUCGGCAUUCUAGAGAAGGCCUGCUCAAAUUUCUUAUGGGGUUCAUCGCCUGACGAAACAAAGCUUCAUUGGAUCAAGUGGUCUCAGUUGUGUUACCCUGUUAAGGAGGGCAGGGUGGGGUUUCGGAGGCUUGAAGACGUCUAUACAGCCUUCUCUUGUAAAUUAUGGUGGAGCUUUCGAACAGGGACGUCAGUAUGGGCUGAGUUCUUGCGUGCAAAAUAUUGCAGAGGAAUUCACCCCUGUCAAGCACAAUUGACGCUGACUGCUUCGCCGGUUUGA